AGAUAUAACAUGUAGAAUUAAGAAUACAAAUAAGAUAUUACAAAAUAAAAAAAUCAUACUUUAAUAACAGAGAGUAGAGUUUAUAAGUUUUACAAAAAGUAAAAAAUUAAUAGAAUAGUAUUUUCAUUUGGCAAAUAUAAGUGGAAUUACAAUCAUAUUUAUACUCUAGAGAUGUUUGCAGAUUAUAAAAAUAGUAAAUAUUGGAGUAAAUAAGUCUAUUGUAAAAUUUCAAAAUAGAUUAUUAAUUUUCUGGAAUAUCACAAUUGCAUAUCUAGAAAUUCCACAAAAUUUCUAAAUUCUUAAUCAAGAUGAUAUGCAAAGCAAUUCUACAUGUAAGAGCAGCUUUUCAAUAAUAAAUUAACGAUCAUUUACCAGUUUUUUUAAUAACAACCUUGCUUCUUUGGAGUAUAAAGUGUUAUCAAAUAUAUUUACAAUAUUAUCACACAUAGUUGUUACCUUUAAAGCUGGAUGGUCAAUUUUUCUUUUAAAGUAAAAUAACAUCUUAUUUACUACUUCAUUCAAUUCAUUAGUAAUAAAGAUCAUCGGCUAAACUUCAGCAUCAUAUUUUUUUCUUUUGUAAUUUUCAAGAACAUUUAUAAUCAUCUGUAGAAAGUGUUAUUUAUUCACUAUUUCUGUUUAUAUUUAAUCCUUACUAUUCUGAAAUGAUGAUUUGCAUUCUUGAUAAUCUGAAUUUGAUUUAGAGAGUUUAUUAAGUAUAAUUUUAGGUAGAAUAACGUAAUUACAAACACAAAUAUUAUUUUCUUGAUGAAAUUUUCAAUUUCUUUCAGCCGUCAUUAUUUUAAAGAUUUUAUCAUCAAAAGUUCUAAUUCUUAAAUUAAAUAUCCAUCCCCACAAAAAUUUUCAUAUUAUGGUCCUUCUAAUAAGUUUCUUUCUAACAUUCUACACAUAACCUUUAGAAGCAAUUGAGUGAGAUGAGUAGGAAAAUUAGUAACACUCAUCAAAUUUAAUAUUAUCUCUGUGAUCACAUAAUUCCUUUCCGACUGUGUACCCAUGACCACAUAUAAAAAUAUAAGCUCCAUCUGAUAAACCUAUCCUUUCUUAUAACAAUCUUAACAUAUUAGACCAUUAUAAGGAUUACAUCCUUAUUUACAUUCUGCUUGGCGAUAAAAAAAACAUAGGGUAAAUAAAGAUAAACUUCAAUAAUCAUUUUAUUUAUAAUUGUGCUACUUCCUUCUUAUUUAUCAUCCAAUAUGGAAAAUAUGAAUCGCAUUCCAAAUAAUUGGUAAGUGCAACAGAUGACAAAGAUUAGGUAUGACAUUUGUCAUUAAUCCAAACUCAAGAAGUUAGAUUGA